GGUCCUUCGCAAGGGACUUGCGGGAUUGUACUGGACUUAACGAAAUUAGCAGCGGCUGUUUUGGGUUUCGCUGUAGUUUCUGAUAUUGCAAAUCUUUUAGCUUCUUCAUUUCGUCUGUAAAAACACGCGGCAUUCCGCUGUUGUAGCAGGACCGUGGGGCUUAGGAGGGAAUAAAGAGCCAGUCAUGAUUACAUCUGCCGCUGGAAUAAUUUCACUCCUCGAUGAGGAGGAGCCACAGCUCAAGGAGUUUGCUCUGCACAAGCUAGAUUCCAUUGUGAACGACUUCUGGGCUGAGAUUUCAGGAUCAGUAGAUAAAAUUGAGGUCUUAUAUGAGGAUGAGACCUUUCGGAGCAGAGCGUUUGCUGCACUGGUGGCCUCUAAGGUUUUCUACCACCUCGGAGCCUUUGAGGAAUCUCUGAACUAUGCUCUUGGUGCUGGAGAGCUCUUCAAUGUCACAGACGACUCAGAAUAUGUAGAGACCAUCAUUGCCAAAUGCAUCGACCACUACACCAAGCUUCGGGUGGAGAAUGCUGAGUUGCCAGAAGAUGAGGAGAAGAAAGACAUUGAUCCACGCCUGGAAGGCAUUGUCAACAAGAUGUUCUUGCGUUGCCUUGAUGAUCAUAAGUACAAGCAAGCUAUUGGAAUUGCCCUGGAGACUAGACGUCUUGACAUGUUUGAGAAAACCAUCUUGGAAUCGAAUGAUGUAAGUGGCCUCCUUGCUUACAGCCUGAAGGUAUGCAUGUCGCUGAUGCAGAACAAGAAAUUCCGUAAUGAAGUGUUGCGGGUGCUGGUCAAGCUCUACAUGAAUCUGGAAAAGCCGGAUUUCAUUAACGUUUGUCAGUGUCUAAUAUUCUUAGAUGACCCACAAGCUGUGAGUGACAUCCUAGAAAAGCUUGUAAAGGAGGACAACCUCCUGAUGGCGUAUCAGAUCUGCUUUGACUUGUAUGAGAGUGCCAGCCAGCAGUUCCUAUCUUCUGUCAUCCAAAACCUGCGAACAGUAGGAACACCCAUUCCUGCAGUCCCUGGCUCUACAAAUACAGGAACUGUACCCACAUCCGACAAAGACAGUGAAGCAAUGGAGACAGAUGACAAGGCUGGGAGCUCUCCUGCCGGAAAACCAACUGAAGCUAAAGAGGAGCCCAAAGACCAGAAUGCCAAGAUGAUCAAAAUCUUAAGCGGGGAAAUGGCCAUUGAGCUGCACCUGCAGUUCCUAAUUCGAAAUAACAAUACAGAUCUAAUGAUUCUGAAAAACACCAAGGAUGCAGUCCGAAAUUCAGUGUGCCACACAGCUACAGUAAUAGCAAACUCAUUCAUGCACACAGGAACAACAAGUGAUCAGUUCCUCAGAGAAAACUUAGAAUGGCUUGCAAGAGCCACCAACUGGGCAAAGUUCACAGCCACAGCAAGCCUUGGUGUCAUCCACAAGGGUCAUGAGAAAGAGGCUCUGCAGUUAAUGGCCACCUACUUGCCAAAAGAUACCUCCCCUGGCUCAGCAUACCAGGAGGGAGGUGGUCUGUAUGCUUUGGGGCUAAUUCAUGCCAACCAUGGUGGGGACAUCAUUGACUACCUGCUCAGUCAACUCAAGAAUGCCGGCAACGAUAUUGUCCGUCAUGGUGGAGCCCUUGGCCUAGGUUUGGCUGCAUUAGGAACAGCCAGACAAGAUGUUUAUGAUCUACUAAAGUCCAAUCUUUACCAGGAUGAUGCCGUCACUGGUGAAGCAGCAGGCCUGGCUCUGGGCUUAGUAAUGCUGGGCUCUAAGUCAGCUCAGGCCAUUGAGGACAUGGUAGGAUACGCUCAAGAGACGCAGCAUGAGAAGAUCUUGCGUGGUCUGGCCGUGGGAAUAGCCCUUGUCAUGUAUGGACGCAUGGAGGAGGCUGAUGCUCUUAUUGAAAGCCUCUGCAGAGACAAGGACCCCAUCCUGAGGCGCUCUGGUAUGUACACUGUGGGAAUGGCCUACUGUGGCUCUGGAAACAACAAGGCCAUCCGACGUCUGCUGCAUGUUGCAGUGAGUGACGUGAAUGAUGAUGUCAGAAGGGCUGCUGUUGAAUCCAUUGGCUUCAUUUUGUUCAGAACUCCAGAGCAAUGUCCCAGCGUGGUGUCUCUCUUGUCAGAGAGCUAUAACCCUCAUGUUCGAUGUGGGGCCGCCAUGGCACUGGGCAUCUGCUGUGCUGGAACAGGAAACAAGGAGGCCAUCAAUCUGCUGGAGCCCAUGACCAAUGACCCAGUCAAUUAUGUGAGACAAGGCGCCCUCAUUGCUUCUGCCCUUAUCAUGAUUCAACAGACCGAAGUCACCUGUCCGAAGGUGAAUCAGUUCCGACAGCUUUAUGCCAAGGUGAUAAACGACAAGCAUGAUGACGUUAUGGCCAAAUUCGGUGCCAUCCUGGCCCAGGGAAUCCUCGAUGCAGGUGGACGGAACGUGACAAUUUCUCUGCAGUCCAGGACGGGUCACACUCACAUGCCAUCGAUAGUCGGCCUGCUCGUCUUCACCCAGUUCUGGUUCUGGUUCCCCCUCUCCCACUUUCUGUCGCUGGCCUUCACACCAACAGCUAUAAUUGGCCUCAACAAGGACCUUAAGAUGCCCAAGGUCCAGUACCGCUCCAACUGUAAGCCCUCCACCUUUGCCUACCCACCAGCUCUGGAGGUUCCCAAGGAGAAAGAAAAGGAAAAGGUAUCCACUGCUGUUCUCUCCAUAACAGCCAAAGCCAAGAAGAAGGAGAAAGAAAAGAAGGAGAAGGAGGAGGAGAAGAUGGAAGUGGAGGUUCAGGAAGGUGAGAAGGAGAAGGAUGAGGAGAAGGAGAAGGAGAAGAAGAAAGAGGUGGAGCCAAACCUCCAGCUCCUGGAGAAUCCAGCCAGAGUGAUGCCCGCUCAGCUCAAAGUGCUCACCAUGCCUGAAACCUGCCGCUACCAGCCCUUCAAACCGCUCCAUACAGGAGGGAUCAUCAUCAUGAAAGAUACCAGCGAAGAGGAGGAGGAGCUGGUGGAGCCUGUCUCUGCUCACGGCCCCAAAAUCGAGGAGGAAGAGCAGGAACCAGAGCCCCCCGAGCCCUUCGAGUAUAUCGACGAGUAGAAAUGUUCUUCCUGCAAAGCAUCAGAAGAAGUGAGGUCUCUGCCUGGUCCCGCGUCUCCUCUCUCCACAUCCAUUUUUCCACCCGCCUCCCUGUUUUGCUUCCUCUUUUACACGUUUCUUUCCUGUUCUGGCUCCUCAUUUGCCCGACGGGGAAUGUUUUACAUUCACAGACUGUAUAAUUUUCUGUCCGUACAAUAAAAACGAUAUAUCUUGGA